CUUCAGGUACUAUCUCUGAGAUGCUACUGGGUACUUAUCAAGGCAUUUCCGCCCCUCAACUAUCCAACUAGCUUCUAGAUAUGACACUAGGUUAACAUGUGCGUUAGUGCUGAUGAAUGCAAUAUGUCAGAGGAUAGUCCAUAUUAGACCCUUCAAAUUUACUGAAUCAUCCCAGAGAAUAAUUCUAGCCUUGCCUUUCACAGCACUACCCUUAUUAUUGCUCAUUCCACACAUCGUUGCCAGCCACUUCAGGGCAGGCCAUUUCCGAGCUAUAUUCUAAGAUCUCCACUGAAAAAAGUAGCGACACCUUCCCAG